AUGCCACACACCGUCUCCUCUGAGUCGCCCGCCAUGCCGACCGUUGUCUCAAAAACCCCCUCCGGCGUCGCCCCCACGUCCGAAGAGAUUUCCUCCCUUCUCACCACCAUCCUCACAGCCGAGAGCUCCCAGCAGUCCCUGGAUGCCUCCUACGCCUUGACAAACCUGCUCAUCCAGAGCGUUGGCGUUGCUGGUCUGUUAAAUUACAAUGUUCUUGCCGAGACCCGCAAGGCGGCUACCGAUAAGAAGAACGGAGCCCGCCGUGAGAGUGCCAUGUUGAUCAUCGGCGCUUUGUUCGAGCGCUUCCCCCGGGAGUUCCCCCUUAGUGAGCAAGUCUUCUUGCUGCAGGAUGGAGGUAUUCUCAACCUUGCUCUGGACUCCCUGGCCGACAAGGGUACCGUCGUUCGCGAUGCGGCCCAGUAUGCCAUCGAUGCCCUUUUCGCAGGCCUUAGCCCCGAGGCCAAGGUCAAUGCUUUGAUCCCGGCUCUCGAGUCUUAUCUCAGCAAGGGCUCCGGAAAGUGGCAGGGUUUCGUCGGUGGCUUCAAGCUGCUGGAGAAGAUGGCUACCGGUGCUCAGAUGGGCACUGGCUCUUUGGAAGAAGAGCGCCAGAAGGAUGUGCUGCGCGAUGCCAUGGGCAAGACCUUGAAGGAGUUGAUCCCUGUCGUCGAGUCUGGUAUGCAUGACCUCAAGGCCGAGGUCGCCAAGCAGGCCAACAAGACCAUGACUGCUCUCACCACCUUGCUGUCCAACGACGAUGUUGCUCCCCGCAUUCCCCUCCUUUUGAAGGCCAUCGAGCAGCCCUCCGCCCAGACUCUGCAGAAGGCCAUCCAUGCCCUCUCGCAGACAACCUUCGUCGCCAUUGUCACAUCUCCCGUGCUGGCCCUCCUCACUCCCCUGCUGGAGCGAUCUCUCAACACCCCCACCACCCCUCAAGAGACACUCCGUCAGACCGUUGUCGUCGUGGAGAACUUGACCAAGUUGGUUCACGACCCCGCUGAGGCUCGUACCUUCUUGCCCAAGCUCCAGCCCGGUGUGAAGGGCGUCAAGGACCGCGCUUCCCUUCCUGAGGUCCGUGAGCUCGCUACCCGGGCCCUGGAUGUCAUGGAGACUGCCAUGAGCGAUAAGAACGUCGCCAACGGCUCAAUUGUUAAGGUCACCCCCGAGGAUGUUCUUGCUAUCUUGAACCCCAAGCUCCAGGAGGCCGGCGGCCUGACUGGUGAUGCCAAGUUCAUCGAACAGGCGAAGAUGUUCAUCGCCAGCAUGGUCCGUGAGGAUGUCAACGUUCGCAUGCACGACCGUAUUCCCUCUUGCAUCACACCUUACCUGCGUGGUAUGAUGGCAGACGAGAAGCUCGAGGCUAUCGCCACUGCCAUUCAGGCCCACUACGUGGAAGAGGAUGAGCGCAAGUACGGCAAGCCUAUCCCCGAUGACCCCAACGAGGUCGAGAUCGUCAAUGCCAAUUUCUCGCUCGCCUACGGUGGUAUGCUCCUGCUCUCGCACACCAAUCUGCGCCUCCUGAAGGGUCACCGUUACGGCCUGUGUGGUCGUAACGGUGCUGGAAAGUCCACUCUGAUGCGCAGUAUUGCCAACGAGAAGCUUGAAGGCUUCCCCCCUCAGAGUGAGGUCCGCACUUGCUUCGUUGAGCACAACCAGGGUGAGGAUGCCGAGCUCAGCAUCCUGGAGUACGUUUCCAAGGAUCCCAAGAUUGCCGCUGAGGGCAAGGAGGCCAUCUCCAAAGUCCUUCUCGAGUUCGGUUUUACCGACGGACCGGAAGGCCGCCAAUCCCAGCCUGUCGGCUCUCUGUCCGGUGGUUGGAAGAUGAAGCUGGCGCUUGCCCGUGCCAUGCUCCAGAAGGCCGAUGUCCUGCUGCUUGACGAGCCGACUAACCACCUCGAUGUUGCCAACGUUAAGUGGCUGCAGGAGUACCUGAAGAAGCACACCGAUAUCACCAGUUUGAUCGUCUCUCACGACUCUGGUUUCCUUGAUGAGGUCUGCACUGACAUCUACCACUACGAGUCCAAGAAGCUUGUCUGUUACCCUGGAAACCUUGCUGCCUUCGUUAAAGUCAAGCCCGAGGGCAAGAGCUACUACACUCUGUCCGCCUCUACUGUUCAGUUCAAGUUCCCUCCCCCUGGUAUCCUGUCUGGUAUUAAGUCUGCCACCCGCUCCAUCAUGCGCAUGACCAACGUUUCCUACACAUACCCGGGCGCCCCCAAGCCUUCCCUGCACGAUGCCUCUCUCUCGUUGACCCUCUCCUCCCGUGUAGCCAUCAUCGGAGGAAACGGUGCUGGCAAGUCCACUUUCAUUAAGAUCCUGACUGGUGAGACCAUUCCCCAGGGUGGUAAGGUCGAGAAGCACCCCAACCUGCGUAUCGGAUACAUCAAGCAGCACGCUCUUGAGCACGUUGAGAUGCACUUGGAGAAGACUCCUAGCCAGUACCUCCAGUGGCGUUACGCCAACGGUGAUGAUCGCGAGGUCUUCCUGAAGCAGACCCGUAUCUUGACCGAAGAAGACAAGAAGCAACUGGAGACCCCCGUUGAUCUGGGUGAUGGCAAGGGCCCCCGCCGUGUUGAGGCUAUCAUGGGUCGUCAGAAGUGGAAGAAGACCUUCCAGUACGAAGUGAAAUGGGUUGGCCUGCUCCCCAAGAACAACGUCAUGAUCUCCCGUGAGACCCUGAUUUCGCUUGGAUUCUUCAAGAUGGUCCAGGAAUUCGACGAUCACGAGGCUUCUCGUGAGGGUCUGGGAUUCCGUGUCCUUGACCCCCCCACCAUCUCCAAGCACUUCGAGGACAUCGGUCUCGACCCCGAGAUUGCCAACCACAACGAGAUCUCCGGUCUGUCCGGUGGUCAGAAAGUCAAGGUCGUGCUUGCCGGUGCCAUGUGGAACAACCCCCACUUGUUGGUUCUUGACGAGCCUACUAACUUCUUGGAUCGUGAUUCCCUGGGAGGUCUGGCUGUUGCCAUUCGUGACUUCAAGGGUGGUGUGGUUAUGAUUUCUCACAACGAGGAGUUCGUCGGUGCUCUCUGCCCCGAGCAGCUGCACAUUGCCGACGGCCGUGUUGUCAGCCGUACCAACACUGCUAUCAGCCUCGACCGUUUCGAGGACAGUGCCAACAACUCUCCCUCGGCCCCUGGUACCCCCGCUGCUAUCUCGGCUGCCACCAGCGCCGCUGCCUCGGCCGUUAACUCCGGCGCUGAAGACCAGGGCGACCUCAACUUCCGUGCCAAGAAGAAGAAGAAGAUGACCCGUGCUCAGCUCAAGGAGCGUGAGGCCCGUCGUCGUCUGCGACACAUUGAGUGGCUCAACUCGCCCAAGGGUACCCCCAAGCCUGUGGACAGUGAUGAUGAGUAA